UUGCGUCAGUUGGCAAGGCACUUUACGGCCGUCGUGCCGCUCGUGUCAGUCAACAUGGAGGCAGAGGAAUCGGAGAAGGCCGCAACGGAGCAAGAGCCGCUGGAAGGGACAGAACAGACACUAGAUGCGGAGGAGGAGCAGGAGGAAUCCGAAGAAGCGGCCUGUGGCAGCAAGAAGCGGGUAGUGCCAGGUAUUGUGUACCUGGGCCAUAUCCCGCCGCGCUUCCGGCCCCUGCACGUCCGCAAUCUUCUCAGCGCCUAUGGCGAGGUCGGACGCGUCUUCUUUCAGGCUGAGGACCGGUUCGUGAGACGCAAGAAGAAGGCAGCAGCAGCUGCCGGAGGAAAAAAGCGGUCCUACACCAAGGACUACACCGAGGGAUGGGUGGAGUUCCGUGACAAGCGCAUAGCCAAGCGCGUGGCGGCCAGUCUACACAACACGCCUAUGGGUGCCCGCAGGCGCAGCCCCUUCCGUUAUGAUCUUUGGAACCUCAAGUACUUGCACCGUUUCACCUGGUCCCACCUCAGCGAGCACCUCGCCUUUGAGCGCCAGGUGCGCAGGCAGCGCUUGAGAGCGGAGGUUGCUCAGGCCAAGCGUGAGACCGACUUCUAUCUUCAAAGUGUGGAACGGGGACAACGCUUUCUUGCGGCCGAUGGGGACCCUGCUCGCCCAGAUGGCUCCUGGACAUUUGCCCAGCGUCCUACUGAGCAGGAACUGAGGGCCCGUAAAGCAGCACGGCCAGGGGGGCGUGAACGGGCUCGCCUGGCAACUGCCCAGGACAAGGCCCGCUCCAACAAAGGGCUCCUGGCCAGGAUCUUUGGAGCCCCGCCACCCUCAGAGAGCAUGGAGGGACCUUCCCUUGUCAGGGACUCCUGAGGGCCUGGGUGGCCCCUUCCAUUUCCUGGCCCUGCUCUGCUUCCUGUCUGCCUCAUACUAGAAUGAUCGUGACUGCCCUGGCAGACAUUUUACUGUGUUUCUCAGACCAAGUGUCUACUGAUGGCCCAAACAUGGAGUUUUGUGGGCUUCCACUAUCCCCACUCCGAACUCCUGUAUGUGCCUGGCUGAGUCACCUAAUUCAUACUGUCAUACUAGCAUGAUUAUGACUAUUGCAUAUGCUUGUUCUGUUUGACUCUUGGCUGCCUACGUCUGUAGGGUCCCCUGAAAAUCCCACUUCCUGCCCCCAGAAAGGGCCUUUAUUUCCAACUAGGGGGAUAAUGCCUAGUCCAGGCAAUCUUUCUCUGUUUAGCAGUCACAGGUGAGGGUGGUAUUAGCAUCUUUUUUAUGCAGAAAAAAUUGAGUUAAUGGGGUGGACUGGGUUGGGAAGAAAUACAUUUCUUCCUAAUGUAUUUAUAGAAAAUAAAAAUAUUUUUAUAUGCCUUUUUAUUUUUGUUGGUGGGGAGGUCAUUGGACAAGUUCCAACUUUCAUCUUGUGUUCCCUUCACCUUCAUAUCCUGAUCUUAGAGCCCCCCUCCCCCUGCCACCCACCUUACUGUUUAACCUGGAUUUUUUUUUUCUAUUUAAUUUUUGUCUAAUAUCUUAGCCCAGUUUAUCAAUCAGUUGUCUUAAGUCAGCAUUUUCUAAGCCAUUGUUUGAGGAAACAGUGACAAUAGGUAAUAACACAUCUUAGUAUUAAGAGUUUUACAGGCCACUGGUAUAAGAUAGGCAUCGUGGUAGAUGCAUAUAAAGGGUGGAAUGGGAGCCAUGGCAGGUCAUAGAGUCCUCUCAAUGGGAACCUGAUGGAUGAUCACAGUCUUCAGUGGUGAGUCAGUCCUCACCAAGUUUUCCAGAUCAUUCCUACAAAGUAAACUGGGAGAAUAAUAAGUCUGAAAGAGUGUGGAGUGCUCCCACAAUUACAAAGAAUGCUUCCUGGGUGGAGUGUUGAGUUGGAACCAUUGUAAAGGUGGGCAAAGCCUAGUAGAGAACCAGUGCACCUCAGGUGCACUUACAUAUGGUGGGGCUGAGGCAAAGCAGCCCUGUAGGCUUCAAAGAAUCAGUGUAAGCCACUAAAAGGAACUGAAAACCUAGGUGUCACAAUAAACAGUCUACACAGUCUCACGUAGACCAAAAUUCUGAUCAUUUUCCAGGCUGUUGCAGGAAGUGGUAGAGUAUGAUUAUAAUUUGUAUUUUGCUUGUGCUGUUUGCUUUUGUUUUUCAUCUGUCAAUGUGAUGAUCUGUGUUUUAUAGGGUAGAGUGGAUUUGUCUACUUUGGCUGUUAAAUACCCUAACCACAUUAUGAUCUUGACAGGUGCACUUUACUGGGGAGAAUAAAAAGGACCAUACGGUAAAGCUGGUAUAACAUUUCUCACAACCCACAUACCUCUUAUACUUGGCACACAAACUACGUUUCCAUUUAGAAACUUUCGUCUUGUUUCUGUUUUUAUUUCUUGUGGGUUUGUUUCAUGUGAAUUGUUCCCUCAGAUCAUUGAUGUCUUAAAGUGAAACAGAAAAAUCCAGAAUCAGAAUUUGACAGGCUGGCAUAUUCAUUUAUUCAGAAUUCCAAGUGCCCAUUGCUACUUCUGCUAGAUAAAGAGAUACCAAGGUGAAGAAGAAACUUUCCCUCUAGUUGCUAACAGCUUAGAAAGUACAGUAGACAUACUGGGGUUUUAUUUAAGACUUUCUUGAAUGAAGAAAUAAAUUGCAUUCCCACGGUGGACAGCAUUAGAUAACAGUCUGUCCAAGGGCUGGUAUUUCAGGGUCCAUCUCCAAAACAGUUCUGUACAAAGAGCUCACACCUGCGGCCAGGCAAGCUAAGUAAGUCACAGGUGGAGUGAAGAAUGAGAAUAAGUGGGUGGAAGAAAAUAUCCUAGGAACUUUCAUCUUGACUUUAAGCCCAUUGAGUGUAGGAAAAUAAUUUUUUACAUCCACAAUUUUGUUUCUAUUUAAACAGCACUUGUUUUUUUAUAUGAAGUAACUCAUUUAAUCCACAACUAUAUAAUAUUGUUAUCCCCCCAUUAAAACUGAGCUCAGAGAUAUGA